AUGGUUGCCAUGAUGCCGGCCGCGCAGCUGCUCCCUGGAAGAAAGCUCUGCUGCACCGAGGCGGCUUGGUCGGACAUAGUUGCCAUUGAAGAUGUGGCUGUGGACUUCACCCAGGAAGAGUGGGCUUUGCUGGAUCUUGCUCAGAGGAAACUCUACAUAGAUGUGAUGAUGGAGACCUUCAGAAACUUGGCCUCAGUAGAAUUUGAAAAAUCUUGUAGUCAGUCCCUGAGCCGGACUAAUCAAAUAAGAACUCAUAGUGGAGAGAGGUUAUAUGAAUGUAAGCAGUGUGGGAAAGCCUUUAGGCAGUCAUCACACCUCACUAGACAUAUAAGAGUUCACACUGGAGAGAAGCCUUUUGAAUGUAAGGAAUGUGGAAAAUCCUUCAAUCAGUCCUCAUCUCUCAUUAAACACAAAAGAACUCACAGUGGAGAGAUGCCAUUUGAAUGUAAGGAAUGUGGGAGAGUCUUCAAUCGCUCUGCAUCUCUCACAGUACAUAAAAGAACUCACAGUGGAGAGAAGCCUUACGAGUGUAAAGAAUGUGGGAAAGCCUUUACUCGGUCCUCAAACCUCACUAAACAUAUAAGAACUCACACUGGAGAUAAGCCUUACGAAUGUAAGGAAUGUGGGAAAGCCUUUACUUGUUCCACAUCCCUCACUAAACAUUUAAGAAUUCACACUGGAGAGAGGCCUUAUGAAUGUAAUGAAUGUGGGAAAUACUUCCGUUAUUCCUUUUCCCUUACUACACAUAAAAGGUUGCACAGUGGAUUUACAAUGACAAAAAUGAAGAAGGGUAGCUGUUGA